AUGAAUUUUUCACCACCUGCAAACUCAACACCUAAAAGUACGACAAGAUCUCAUCCUGGCCAAUCAAGUUCGGUUGAAAUACGGCGUCAUUCAUCACGAAGAAAUUCAAUAUCAAUUCUACAAGCUUCUUCUGUUGAAACUGGUAAAAUUAAAAAAACGAGAACGAAAUCAAUGAUAGCGACAAAAAAAAGGAUUUUAACAUCAUCAUCUAUUCCAACAACCACGAGCAUAUCAAAGACAGUUGCAAAUGAAAAUUCCAAUGAAGAAAUGGACGACGAUGAUCAAACGGCAGCUACAAAUAAUUUAGAUCCGGAGUCAGAAGUAGAAGUGCAGUCUCAACAACAAUUACGACAACGAGCCGAUUCAACAGCAAGUGAUGCAACGGACAUGGCAAAUGAGGGAGGAAAACUUAAACGAAAAACAACAAUGAGCAAACAGGAUGUUUUGGCAUAUUUUACCUCGAUUGAUGACUAUCUCAAAUGUAAUCUGUGUGUUGAUUCCACAAAAAAAUUUUCACUGAAUGGAUCGUCUGAUACAAAUGUAAGACGACAUUUAGGUGUUAAACAUCAUCUUAAACAAUUUCUAUAUCCUUCACAAUUACAAGAAUACGAAUCAAAACAAAAACAAAAAUUCAUUUCAACAGCACAUAAACAACAACUGGACAAGGCAGUUGUUGCAGCAAUAUAUAUCGAUGGACGUUCAUUCGAUGAUUUCAGAAAAACUGGCAUGAUGAAAUUUUUGAAUUUGGCGAUUCCCGGCUAUAAUGUACCGCAUCGUAAGACUGUACGUCGUCAUCUUGAAUUAAUUUAUCGAAGUUAUCGUGAAAAUCUAAAACAACAAUUAUCAAGAGUAUCUGAUAUAGCACUAACAUGUGACGUAUGGAAAUCAUCCACUAGAACAUAUUAUUUGUGCAUAACGAGCCAUUUUUUAAAUGGCCAAAAUAAAAAUAAAUCUCUUGUUUUGUCAUUUCGUCGUUUUCUGGGUAGUCACUCAGCUAUCCGUCUCCGUCGAUUUAUAUCAAAUGAACUUGAAAAAUUAAAAAUUAAAAACAAAAUCUGUGCUAUAACUACUGACAAUGGCCCUGAUAUUCGAGCUGCAGCAUUAACAACAGAUUUCGGAAUUAGAUUAUCAUGUGUUGCUCAUGAUUUGAAUUUAACCAUCAAGAGUGCUUUAUGGUUACAUAAGAAACCAAAAAAAAGAAAGGAAAACACAAAAUCACGUGAUGAUGAUGAUCAUCAUCAACAACAAGAAAAUGAUGAUAACAUCUCGAUUGCUGAUGGUGAAGAUAUUCCAGAAGAAUAUUUAAAUGAAUCUUCUUCAGAAAACGAAGAAGCUUUAACAAAAUAG